CCCAAACAAACGGUCUCACUUUUGAAAUCAAAGACUGAACAAAUAUUAAAAAAUCAAAGGGAAAAUAAACCAAGAGAAAAGAAGACCUACCUCAAAUCAAAAGAGCUGAAAACCUUCUUUUGUAAUCACUCAUCAACCUAUUUUGGUUAUCAACGUCUGCCCUUGCUGCACCAACUCAUACCAACCGACUUGGUCCAAACAAGCCUCAGGCCUACCGACUCCACUCGAGAAAGUACAACUCUGUUAUUUGGAAGUGCUGAAAUCAACUAUCAAUGAAAGGAAAAUGAACAUGGAAGCAGAGACUGGAAAAAAAAAGCAUUGUUCUUGCAAUGUUCAGAUAUGUUUGUUCCCGUUCGAGCAAACUCUAUUGAGCCUGAUUAGUCUCGGUUUGGAGUUGUUUGGUUAGUUUUAUUUCUUUGGGACCUUUCUGUAAUUUGCACUAUACCCAUGUUAACUAGUCGAAGGGUAUAAGUGCUUUUGCUGCCGCCUCCUGCAACCCUAACGCAGAGGUAGCUGGUGUCUUCUUCAUUGAUAGUGAGAACUUCAGCAGGAGAGCUAUGCUCUCCGUGGAUUAGUCCCGGUCUCCGGGAAUACCACGUAAAUCUCGCGCGUCGUUUCUUUUCCGCAUUCUUCCUUUUUACAUGGUAUCAGAGCAAUAACAUCUAGACCUUCGUGUUGGUUCAUCAUGAGCAAGGACGAGGAUUCUACGAGCGGUGGGUCUGGCGGCUCUCCUGUGGCCGACGAGGUAAUUCCCAUCAACUCUCUUUACCUCCAUCCCUCUAAGAAUCCGGCGCAGCUUUUUGGUAGUGAUUUACUUACAGAUCUCAACUAUGGCGAGUGGGUUAAUGAUCUCACCGAGACUCUCAUCGCUAAAAAUAAGAUGGCUUUCGUCGACGGUUCGCUGCCGCGUGCAAAGGCCGGCACCCCGCGUCGCCAAGAGGCAUGGGAUCGGUGCGACGCCACCGUUAAGGGUUGGCUCAAAACUUCCAUGACGCGAGAGGUUCGCAACAGCGUCCGCAUGGCUUCCAUGGCGCGCGACAUCUGGUCUGACUUGCAGAACCGUUUUAGCAAGGGAUCGGCGCAGCGUGCUUAUGAGUUGCGUCGAUUGAUCAGCUCGCUACGCCAGGAGAAGCUAUCUGUCUCCGCGUUUUACACCAAGUUACGCUCGUACUGGGACGAGCUUGAUGCCGUGAGUGUGGUGCCGCGUUGUGUUUGUCCUAGGUGCACUUGUGGCGGGUGCCGUUGUGACUUGCUCUCACAACAUCAAUUGAAACAAGAGACAGAGAGAUUAUUUGAAUUUUUGCUUGGACUCGACGAUGGUUACGCGAUUGUUCGGUGGCAAAUCUUGAGCUCUCGGCUCACGCCUACACUUGCAGACGCCUAUCAACGCGUCUCGGCCGAGGAGCAACACAUGUUGCUUACUAAUGGUCGGCGCCCUCCUGUUGACACGGCUGGCUUCAAAGCCCAAGUGGCGGACAAGGACCCUAAGGACGAUCGUGAGAAGUUGCGGUGUAUCAAUUGCAACAAGGUGGGUCAUCUCCGUGAGACUUGUUAUCGUCUCAUAGGCUGCCCGCCCGGUCAUCCGCGAGCUAAGCCCGGGGCUUACUACGAGGAGAAGGGCAUUUUACUUCAGACCUCUUGCACUGACACGCCCCAACAAAACGGAGUGGUUGAGCGUAAGCAUCGACAUCUACUCGAGACUGCUCGUGCGCUCAUGUUUUACGCUGGUCUUCACAUUCGUUUUUGGGGAGAGUGUGUUGUCACUGCCGCUUACCUCAUUAAUCGGCUGCCUUCUCCGGUCAUCUCCCACAAGACGCCUUUUCAGGUGCUUCUCGGCAAAACCCCCACCUAUAGUCACCUCCGCAGCUUUGGGUGCCUUGUUUACGUCAAGGAUACGCACCACGACCUUGACAAGUUCGUCGAAAGGGGGAGACCGUGUGUUUUCGUGGGUUAUCCCGGCAACCAGAAGGGCUACCGCGUCUUUGAUCUUCAGACCCGUCGCAUCCUUGUCUCUCGUGACACUCAUUUUGUUGAGGACUGCUUUCCAUUUCGGGAACCCGCCUCAUCCUCUUCACACGUACCCAGGUCACCUUCCCAUGCACAAUUCCGGUCUCAGUCUCACGUGCAUGAGCUCCCCAUGCAACGCUCUGGUCCUCUCCUUGGCGAGCCGCCUUUCCUUUCGGCUGAUGAGGAUCCUGCUGAUUGGAUCUCGCCUGAUAGUGAUUCCGGACCCCAUGUGGACGCCGCUACUUCUCCUCACCACGAUGACUUGGCUCCUAAUGCUGUCGAGGUCGCUGAUGAUGAUGAUGAUGAUGAUGACGCUGAUGAGGAGCAUUCUGACGUGGAGUCUUCUCCUCCCGCUACUACUACACCAUCACCGCCCCCCUCCACGGCGCAAUCCAGUUCGCAAUCGCCGACCUCCUUCCCGACUCGAGCCCUAUGAGGUAACAUUUCAUGGUUCCCGU